UAUAUUCCUUCUUCCUUACACAUUAAAAGUCACCCUCACCGCAAUUAAUAGCACAUCCACCACUUACUUCUAUUACAAUAACACAAUAUUCUCAUCGGUAACAUCCAUCACCAGAACCAUGGUCCAAGAGAAGAAGCUCGUGGACGAAGUGUCGGGUUGGCUGAGACUCUACGAAGACGGUUCAGUAGACCGGACUUGGACCGGUUCGCCAGAAGUUAAAUUCUUGGUUGAACCGGUUCCUCCCCAUGAAGAAUUUAUCGAUGGAGUUGCCACUCGCGAUAUCAUGGCUGGUGACAAUUUCCGUGUCCGGCUUUACCUGCCGGAAAAUAUCUCCAAUGAGGAGAAGCUACCCAUUUUCCUCCACUUCCAUGGUGGGGGAUUUUGCAUAAGCGAACCGGACUGGUUCAUGUACUACCAAUUUUACACUCGAUUCGCUCGGGUGGCUCGAGUAAUCGUUGUCUCUCCCUUCCUUCGUCGUGCCCCGGAAAAUCGUCUCCCUGCAGCGAUUGAUGACGGCUUCUUUGCACUCCUCUGGUUAGAUUCCGUAGCCAGAAGAAAUGCAGAGGAGCCGUGGCUCAAAAAACAUGGCAAUUUUGGCCGUGUUUUUCUUAUAGGAGAUAGCUCAGGUGGAAAUAUUGUGCAUGAAGUUGCUGUCCGUGCCGGGGAGGCUAAGUUGGACCUGCUCCAUCUCGCCGGAGGAAUCCCGAUACAUCCGGGGUUCAUGCGGUCGAAACGGAGUAGGUCAGAGUUGGAGAAACCACAAUCUCCAUUCUUGACGUUGGACAUGGUGGACAAGUUCAUGAGCUUGGCAUUGCCAUUGGGUUCUAACAAGGACCACCCCAUUGCAUGCCCCAUGGGCGGCGGCGCUCCGCCGCUUAGCGGGCUGAAACUGCCGCCGAUUCUGCUGUGCCUGGCGGAGAUGGACUUGAUCUUUGACACAGAGAUGGAGUACUACGAAGCCAUGAAGAAGGCCAACAAAGAUGUGGAGUUGUUUGUUAACAAAGGAGCGACUCAUAGUUUCUAUCUCAACAAAAUUGCGGUGGAUAUGGACCCAAAUACUGGUGCUCAAACGGAGGCUCUUAUUGCAAGGAUCAAAGAGUUCAUUGAGCAGCACUAAAUUAUUUUGUGUUUCUUUUUUUUUUCUUUUUUGAAAAAUUGAAAAAUAAAACUUGAAGUGUGCACUUGACAAAGUGAGUUACUUUAAUGAAUGAAAUAACUAAUAAGUAAUAUGUUGUGUGAACUUUUGCGGGAAAUCAAGUACUUUGUAAUCUCAUCAGUUGGGUUGUGUGUGUGAUGUUCAAUGUGAUGUUGCAUUGAAAUAUAGCCAUUUUAGUUCUUUUGUAUUUAUUUCCGUAGUUUGGAUUAAAAAUUAUACAUUUAUGAGGAUGCCACCUAA